AUGGGUUGGGGUUUUGAAAAUUUAAAUUUACGUUCUUGUUUGUGGUUUCAAGAGGGAGAAUUUCGAAAUUCAUUAGCAUCAAUGAUCUCAGGAUGGUGGUUAAUCAUAGAUGUGCAAGUAACUUGCUCUGAAAGUUUUAAAGGAGCUUACCACGUAUGUGGCGUACUUGGAACUAUUUCAUUACUCAUGGUAAACUCUGUGUCCAAUGCAGUGCUUAGAGGUGACACAAUGGGACGAUUGGGACCUGGAGGAGCCAGAGUUUGGUUGUUUUUCGGUUUUGUAUUAGGUUUUGUCGCAAUAAUUGCUGCUUGUUGGAUACUUUUCGCUGAUUUCGUUACCAAAACUUCAUCUAAGGAACCAGUGUCUCAAUGGGCUGGAAGUGGACUUUUCCUUCAAAACUGUUUUAUUUUUAUCGCUUCAUUAAUAUAUAAAUUUGGAAGAACAGAAGAUUACAUAUAAACAUUUCAAUUCUUUACAAAUAAAUAUGUUUCUGUAUUUUCUUAAAGACUGCUGUGCUCAGUUUUAAACCAUAGGAAAAGUGAAUGAAAUUAGUCUUAAUUAUUCGAUAAGUAAUCGAUAAUUAAUUAAUUAAUUAGCUUUUGCAAUGUGCAUAUAAAAUUGUUUUUUUUUUCCCUCCCCUCGAAGGAAAAAUUAAUUUUUUUAUUUAAUAAGCUUUUGAGUUUAUUUUAAAAAGAACAGCUUAAACUUUGUAACAGUAAAACCGAAAAACUAUUACUCGAAUUAAUUAAUAAAUAGUGCUUCUAUAAAAUUGGACCAUUCG